UAUUGUUACCCGACUGCUCCCUCCCAUCUGUCAACUCACUUUGACGCCAAGGAGUCAGGCCCAUCUUCGAAGUUCGGCAGUAGUUUUCAAAAUUUCCCAGUUUGUAAAGACGGUGGUAUGCCCUGGCUCACCUAUUCCUAUCAUGGCCAUUCUAACUUGGUCCACGGGGCUUCAUUCCGAGAAGUGACAGAGGGCGCGCCUACUAUCCAAGACCUAUGGCCCGCGUUUAGCCGUGCAGCGUCUCUCAGCCUUCACCGGUCACCUUGCAGCUUGCGUUCUCUAUUCGUCGUCACUGUUUUCUCUUCUGGUUCCAUUCGCUGCCGCCAAAGAUCAGCUUACAGGUCAUUGCUUCACUGCCAUCUCGAUUGCGUUUCUGGCUCUGUAAUAUCACAACUUCUUCAUAAGUUAUCUCAACCUCACUAACAGAAAAUCGAGCCAGAAUGUCGUGUCCACUGGCAGCUUGGUCCGUGAAUACCGGGCAGCAAUCGCCAUGUGAAAUAGUGUCGUCAGUGUACGGUUCGUGCUCGAACAAUACAAGUGGUACCAUCUCUCCUACCUCUUCCGAAGACUCCUUCGUUCCCGUUGCCUCAAAUGCGACCCUAUGUACUUGUUCCUGGGCAAGUUACAACUUGUUAAGUGCUUGUACGUUUUGUGCCACGGAAUCCCCCUCUUUGGUGAGCUGGGAUACAUGGAUAAAGAAUUGCGAUGGAUUGACGUCAACAACAACAUACUUUCCUUGGGAUUCGGGAAUAAGGCUCCCUUCUAACGCCGCGAUAAUACCUUAUUAUGCGAGCUCCAAUCUAGCUACCCCAGUGCGACAUUUGACGAGUCCGUUGCCUCCGCUAUCAGCGCUGCGUACCCAACUUGAAUGGAUCACCCCUUCCCAGCACUUCGUCCUCCUCGGAUUCAUCCAGUUCUUCAACUCCUGUUGGUCCGAUUGUUGGAGGUGUUGUCGGGGGAACAGUUCUGCUGCUUCUGUUGUGUGGCUUCUUCUUCUUCAUUAUUUACCGGAAGCGCAGAAGAGCAGCGCAGUUCCCGUCCAAAAUGAUACCGCCCAUAUUGAACGGCCCACCCUUCGCUGUGGCGACCAGAGGCUCGACAACUCGUGCUCCCCUCGCACCAUCGGGAUACCCUCAGACAUCAGCUGCGAUGUCUACCUCUCCUUACGCUAUUCAGUCCAAUCAUGUUCGCAACGUUCAUUCAGUAACGAGUCUCCAAUCGCUCAACAUCGCUUCACCCACUUCCGCUGGGCAUGCUAUGGCUUUGUCGCCCCAUAUCGCCCCUAUAUUAUCACCCGUCAGCGAUGCAGCCGACGUAAUCACUCCAUUCCUUACCACCCAACCAAGCCGACCAGGCACGCCAGACAGAAAGAGCGCCCAAAGCCACGGUGAGCCUGCGCAUGAGCGCGCCGCGUCACCCCAAUCUCAAAGAUCACGCAUGAACCCGCCCCCUUAUACCCCAUCAUCUCCCACGUCCUCAGACCAUGCCCGCACUGGGUCCAACUCUUCCAGGAGGCUUUCUGUCAUGAGGCACUUCACGCGAGAAGGCGGCUCAGGGGAUAUGACUAUCAACUCAGUCAUGGGACAGAAGAGGACGCACUCCCCGAGGAUGCACUCUGGAACGAGUGCUGAGAGCGCCAGAAGUGAAUCAACUACCAGGAGUGCGAGCGACAAUGGUCGGAGUAUAAGGACUGCCCUUGAACGCACUACAACGACGGCUGCUUCAAGUUCGCGUCGGCCUGCUGUGUAAAGAAUAUCUUUGUAUUUGUUUCUUCUUCUUGGACCCUCGUUUAUCUUCCAUUGGGUGUAGACAA